AUGAAUCUCGUCGCCAAAUCAACCACCAACCAAACGGUGGUUUCCUUGGCCAUAGCCAAACACUUGUUCUCCAAAGAAGAAUAUAAAGAAAAGAACAUUGUGUUUUCGCCAUUGUCGCUCCAAAUCAUACUCAGUAUCAUCGCUGUUGGCUCUGACGGUUCCACACAUCACCAGCUUCUUGAAUUCCUCCAUGCUAAUUCCACCAAACAACUCAAAACCUUAUGCUCUCAACUUGUUUCCUAUGUGCUCGCUGAUAACAGGCCAGCUGGCGGACCUCUGGUGUCUUUCGUCAAUGGUGUGUGGAUUCAACGAUCUUUAUCUCUUCAACCUUCCUUCAAAAAAAGUGUAGCUACUGAUUUCAAAGCCGCUAUUGACUCAGUUGAUUUCGCAACCGAGGCAGAUGAAGUGAGAAAUAAAGUGAAUUCAUGGGCUGAAAAGGAGACAAAAGGUCUUAUAAAGAACCUUCUUCCAUCUGGUGCAGUUAAUAGCUUAACCAAACUCAUCUUUGCAAAUGCACUAUACUUCAAAGGAGCAUGGUGGGAUGAGUUUGAUAAAUCAAAAACAAAAGACUAUGAUUUUUACCUUCUCAAUGGCAGCUCAAUCAAAGUUCCUUUCAUGACGAGUAAAGAUAAACAGUAUAUCAGUGUUUUUGAUGGUUUUAAAGUGGCUUCUGAAUCUGAAUUUUUAGAACAUACUAGUCCUAGAAAUUCAGUACCAGUAGGUGACUUUAGAAUUCCAAGAUUCAGAAUUUCUUUUGACAUUGAAACUUCUAGCAUGUUGAUGGAGCUAGGAGUGGUUUUACCUUUCUCUGAAGCAGGUGGAGGUUUGACAAAAAUGGUGGAAGACUCUCCUAUGGGCGAAGAACUUUAUGUUUCAAGCAUAUACCACAAGUUUAAAAAACCACCACCACCUCCCAUAGACUUUGUAGCAGACCACCCUUUCAUGUUUUUAAUUAGAGAAGAUUGCUCUGGAACAGUACUUUUUAUUGGACAAGUGCUCAAUCCCAAAGAUUUAGAAAAAGUGCUCAAUCCCAAAGAUUUAGAAAACAGCUUGUUACCGCAAAAACAGUCACAACAAAACAGUAAUAAAAGGCGCCGAUAUCGAUCACAACAAACCGGUUAUAAAAGGCGUCGAUAUUGA